AUGUUGUGGGUUUCGGUUUUAAUAUUUAUAUUUUUUUGUGGAACUACAAGCGGUUAUUAUGUUGCUAACGACGAAUGUCCAAACAACGAGGAGUACCUCACUUGCGGGUCAGCAUGUCCCUUAAACUGCACCAACCAGGAACCAGUUGCCUGCACGAAGAAUUGCGUUGCAGGUUGUUUUUGCAAGCCGGGUUUCCUGCGGAAUAAGUAUGGUGCAUGUGUACUAGUUGAAGAAUGUUUCGAGAACGACUAUGUCUGCGGAGAAAACGAAGAGUAUAAGUCAUGCGGCAGUGCUUGUCCUCGAACGUGCUCCCAACCUGAACCUGAGGCUUGCAUUCAAGUUUGUAAAGAGGGAUGCUUCUGCAAAUCAGGAUACUGCAGAGACGGAAGUACCAACAAGUGUAUCAAGGAGGAUGAAUUUCCUAAAAAUAUAGUGAACACCAUAAAAACUGUAAAUCAUAUAUAUGCUGAAGACCUUCCAUUGUACAUGUCUUUUAAAUCCAGUGACACUAAUAUAGCAUUAACAAAAAUCAAUUCGGAUUUGGACCACAUAGCCGAUUGGUGUGAUCAAAAUAAUCUAGUAUUGAACUCCAUUAAAUCUAAGUAUAAGUUACUAGGAACGUAUAACGAAAUAAAUACAAUUCUAACAUUCAAACCGCAAAUUAACAUCAAGAGUAAUCCUUUAGAACAUGUAUUGGGAGCUCGGAACUUAGAUCUCGUUAUGAAUGGAAGGUUGCGUAUAGAGGGUCAUGUACAAGAAACCAUGCAUGAAUGUCCACCCAACGAGGAGUACCUCACUUGCGGGUCAGCAUGCCCCUUAAAUUGCACUAACCAGUACGACGAACCAGUGGCAUGCACAGCGAAUUGCGUUGCAGGUUGUUUUUGCAAGCCUGGUUUCCUGAGGAAUAAGUAUGGUGCAUGUGUACCAGUUGAAAAAUGUUUCGAGAACGACUAUGUCUGCGGCGAAAACGAAGAGUAUAAUUCAUGCGGCAGUGCUUGUCCUCGGAUAUGCUCCCAACCUGAACCUGAGGCUUGCAUUUUAGUUUGUAGAGAGGGCUGCUUCUGCAAAUCAGGAUACUGCAGAGACAAAAGUACUAACAAGUGUGUCAAGGAGGAUGAAUGUUCUGAAAAUCGCUGCCCCAAGAACGAAGUCUAUGACAUGUGUAACGCCGGCUGCCAGCCAUCGUGCAAUAACUCUAGUCCAAUUUGCACGAGCAUCUGCUUGGCUGGAUGUAUCUGCUCUCCGGGUCUAAUGCGCAACGCUGACGGUCAUUGUGUCAGCGUCGAUAAGUGCUUUGAGACUGGGCCCUACAAUAGUUACCUGUACAACUAUUUAAACGCCAUUUAUAGACUUCUGUAUCUGUCCUACUAUUAG